AUGGACUCUUGGGUGAGCCAUGGUGGAGGCUUGGGCUGCGGCAGGCACAUGUAUGACCAUGCUGCAAAUAUGUAUCCGCAGUUAAUUAAGAAUCCCAUCGUUCGAACUGAAGUUCAGAAUUUUAUGGCGAAACAAGAUCAAUGGACAAGACAACAAAUCAGAAAUAAUAAGGAUGACCCCUUUUGGAGGCAUGCUGGCUAUAUUAUUGCACAGUUGGAUGGUCUGUACAUGGGAGCCCUCGAGUGGGCUAAGCUACACAAGCAAACACCACUGAGUAUGUUUGAUGUCCAAUUUCUGAAUGCAGUUGGAGACCUGUUGGACCUCAUUCCUGCAUUGUUUGAGUAUUCUGCACGGAGUGGACAAUGCAAUGUGGAGCCAGGAGGCCAUGGGAAAUAUCAAUGGGAUAUGGGUCAUUGCUCUGCACUCAUCAAGGUUCUACCUGGAUAUGAAAAUAUCUAUUUUGCCCAUUCUAGCUGGUUUACAUAUGCAGCCACACUGAGAAUAUAUAAGCAUUGGAACUUCAAUAUAGCUGAUCCAGACACCAGCACUGGCCGUGUCUCAUUCAGCAGUUACCCAG